GGGCCUUUGUGGAGGCUUCCCAGCAUUCCAAGGGAAUUCUUGCAGGUGAGGGUAUGCAAACAAUCCCACUCUCAGAGGGUAGCAUUUAUACAACUUUAACUUGAAAAAGCUCCACGGACAGUCAGGAGUCUCCAGUGCCAAGCUUACCUCACCUCAAAGAAGGUGUUGCAACCACGAGGGCGUGAUCCUACAAUCAGACAGGAGUGGGAGGGAAGGAUCCAUCGCUUUCAAAAAUAAAGAUUGGUACCUGGAAAACACUGUGGACACUUUUUCCUUUAACUCACUGGAUUUUGUCCCACACACUGUGUUGGAACUUGUCGAGACAACGCUGCCUGCAGCAGCAGCAUGUUGCAGACACUGAAUGAGUGGCUGUGGUGGGAGCGUCUGUGGCUGCCAGCAAACGUCUCCUGGUCUGAUUUGGAGGACACAGAAGGUCGAGUCUACGCUAAAGCCUCUCAACUUCACGCUGCCCUGCCCUGCGCCCUCUGCAUGCUUGUAGUCAGAUAUGUGUUUGAGAGGUUCCUGGCCACACCACUGGCUGAUUUCUGGGAGGUGAAGGACAGGAUACGUCUGCCAGCAGAAAUAAACCCCCUCCUCGAAAAUCACUUCUGCAGCCGAGCACGCGUUCCAUCACAGGCUGAUGUGAGGUCACUGUGUAAAAAGACAAGUUGGUCAGAGAGAAGAAUUCAGGUCUGGUUCAGGAGGAGGAGGAACCAGGAUCGACCAGCGCUACGGAAGAGGUUCUGUGAAGCCAGUUGGCGGUGUGUGUUUUAUUUUUUCGCCUUUCUUGGGGGCAUCCUUGCACUUUAUGAUAAACCUUGGUUUUAUAAUCUGAAGGAGGUUUGGGCAGGCUUCCCUAAACAGUCCAUGCUGCCGUCUCAGUACUGGUAUUACAUCCUGGAAAUGGGCUUCUACACUUCUCUGCUCCUUAGCCUCACGUUUGACGUAAAACGGAAAGACUUCAAAGAGCAGGUGGUUCAUCACGUGGCCACGCUGACUCUUCUGAGUUUCUCCUGGAUCGCAAACUACAUCCGUAUUGGGACGAUUGUGAUGGCGCUUCAUGACUCUGCUGACAUUCUGCUGGAGGGUGCAAAAGUACUCAACUAUGCUAAGUGGCACCGGACUGCUAACGCCAUGUUUGUGGUGUUUGUAGCUAACUUUAUGGGGACGAGACUUGUCAUCUUUCCUUUCUGGCUGAUCCACUGCACGUGGGUGUAUCCGGUGGAGCGGUUUCCUCCCUUCUUCGGCUACUACUUCUUCAACGUCAUGCUUGUGGUUCUCCUGAUGCUGCACCUCUUCUGGGCUGUUCUCAUCUCACGAAUGCUUUGCAAGGUCAUCUUCAGCAAGCUGGAGGGCGACGACAGGAGCGAUGAAGAGGAGGAGGACAGUGACGCGGCGAAGGAAAGGAACCACAAACUUAGUCACACGAACGGCCCUGGAGCCAGAGACCGAGCCAGUGGUCACUGACACACCGAGAGAGACGGUGAAAAAGUGAACUGGAUCACAGACACCUGGACAUAUUCGUUCAGGACGGCAGCAUUUACGACCAAAUUCUUUAUUUCUUUAAAAAAAAGAAAGAAAAUGCCCUCAAGACAAGGAACUGUGAAGGAUUAAACAGUCAUUGGAA